AUGGCCACAGUGUACCCACCACCCGUCAGCACCUGGAGCCAACGCACUCCACCAACCACAACACUGGCUCCCAUAUCGCAUACCCUUCCUAAUAACUCUACCAACUAUCCCGACCAAUCCAAACGCCAAAGCCCAUCGUACGCCUCAAAUUCUGCCGCUAUAUCUCCCACUCUUUCUGCAUACUCUGUACAUACACCCACUCGGCUUUCCCCAUCCUUCAUCGACAGAAACUCCCCCUACCGACCCGUUCGGCAAGUCAACACGCUGCUGUAUCCUCCCCCAUCCGCCUCCAUGAACCACGUUCGCCAUCUCCCGCUCGACCAGAUGCACUACCAGCCAUUGGGGAAGGCCGUAACCGAGCGGAAAACUGGCGUCCUGCCUUACUCCCAUAACAGCAACAGCGGUGAAAUGUGGUGUGAAUCGCAACCGUACCUGCAUUCCAGCUUUCCAAAACAUCAUCAUCAACAUCAUCAACAUCAUCAACAACAACAACAACAGCGGCAAUCACUAUAUCCCACUCAAUCGUUUCAUUGA